GAAUUUCACAUGUAAUGAAAUUCUGUCUUGGCAACUGAGUUGCUGAUUACGGAUGAGAUAAAAAGAAAAACAAAACAAAGAAAUAAUGUUCACCUUUGUUCAAAACUAUGCUUAUCAGUUCUUAUCAAGUACAAAGCUUCCACAAGACUUUCAUUUAUUCCAAGGCCAUUUCCUUAUACCCGGAUAUAGUAGGCCUUGGUGAUCUAUUUUAUACCGCCCUUCUAGCUUCAGAUUUAAACCCUCACGAGCUGUGAUCCCCAGUUUGUUUUUGAUCCAGUCCCAUUUGGUCUUCACACUUUUCAGUUCAAUUCCAACUACUGGGAGAGGCACAGCAGCAGCAACCUCAUUCAACAUUUGGAGCAGUAUUUUAGUGCCCAUGAUUCCAGCGAUGGACUCCUGUUUAACUCCAGCCCUUCUCCUCCUCAUCCUCUUUCUGUCCCCUGUUCUCUCCUGUCGAACUGGGAGGGACAGUGAGUGUGAAUCUGCUUCCUUUGUACCAGGACACAAUCUGGUGGGGGAGGGCUUUGAUGUGGUCACUCUGCAGCGAAAAGGAGCAUAUGUGAUUGAUGUGAAGACCUACCUGACCCCAAAUGGCACCUGUAUCCUCUGCUCCAAUCCUCUUCAAGGCAACAGGCUGCAGAAGGUGCCAGUUUCCGUGAUGGACUGGCGUGCAUUCAGCCGUUGCAGUGCUGAUAUCUACAGCAGUUCACACACCUCCGUUAGCUCACUGAUGAACACUUAUACCUCACAGGACAGCAAUGACUGGAAGGUUGGUCUGGAUUUAGAUAAGUAUGUGUCUGUAGGGCUGGAUGUGGGAGGAACACGCUCCAGUGCGUACCAAUUUUCUUCACAAAGGACCAGAGAGGAUCGACACACCUUCAGCACACACAGGGUCACCUGCAGCCAUUAUAGUUACCGUGUAUCAACCAGACCACCCCUGAGCUCAGAGUUCACUAAGGAUGUAGCCAGACUGCCAACACACUACAAUUUUUCCACCAGCUCGCAGUACAAUGAGCUCAUACACACCUAUGGCACACACUACAUACGACAGGUUCAUCUUGGGGGACGACUGCGGCGAGUGACAGCUACACGGACCUGUUUGUCCACACUGAAUGGGCUCUCCUCAAAUGAGGUCCACUCCUGUUUAUCACUGGGCAUCUCAGUAGGCCUGGGGAAGUUGAAACUAUCCAGUGUUCGAGAAUCUUGUCACAAGGUUCUACAGAACCAGGAUUUCUCUACUAUGUACAGCUCUAGUCUCCAUGAACACUACACACAGAUCUCAGGAGGCAGUGGUUGGUUAGGGGAGUUUUCAAUUACCCGUAAUGACUCUCUGGGCUACUUGGAUUGGUUGACCACCCUGAAGGAUCAUCCUGAUGUUGUUUCGUACUCCCUUCGGCCAAUGCAUGAGCUUAUGCCAAAUAUAACACAGAAGGCAGGGAUGAAGGCUGCCAUUGAGAAGUAUUUGGAGGACAACGCAAUGAAGAGUUCAGCUGAGGAACCCAAGUGUGAAGCAUACAUUCCUAAUGUGGCUUACAACUGCUGUCCUAUGAAGGCUUCGAGGGGAACAUUGAAGGUGACCAUCAUCCGAGCCUGGGAUCUGAAGGGAGAUCUAACUGGCAAGACCGAGAGCUAUGCAAAGAUGUGGUAUGGUUCCAUCUAUCGCCGGACUCAUAUGAUCCGAUCAAACCAUCCCUGGUGGAAUGCUUAUUAUGAUUUGGGCAAGGUGGACACACAUCUGGGUUUGAAGGUUGAGGUUUGGGAUGAGGACUUGAAGUAUGAUGACCUCCUUGGAGGAUGUGUGAAGUACUUGACCCGGGGGACACACAGAUUCACCUGUCCAGCUAAGAGAGGUGGCUUUGAAGUCCAGUACACCUUGACCUGUGACUCUCAUCUGACUGGAGACAGGUGCAAUGUUUAUAAACCAUCUCCAUAGCAACUAGAUCAAUGUAGGGAAGUGUUUCUUUUUAACAAAAUGUGAUAUUGUCUCUUUUGAUAUAAUGAAAAACAAGAGUGACAAGAUUGAUGACAGCUUGACCUUCCAUAUUUGUUAAAGCUUCAGUGAGCAAAGUUUAAUAAAGUAUAAUAAAAAUAAUUUUUCCUCUUAACAGAAUAUUGUGAAGAAUAUAAACAACUCAUAUUUUGAAUAUAAAUUAUAGUAAUCUCUGGGAUACGC